GCGCUGCGGGCCGGGUGAGCGGUCUGUGCCGCGGCCCCUCCUUCCCCUCGCGGCCGCAGUGUGGCGGGGCACGGCCUCGUGUCGUCCACCCGGGAGCAGGCGCGCGGGGAGGAGCCCCCCCCCGGCGCGGGGGUGUACGGGGCUGCAGCACCACGGCACGCUCCCGGCCACGGCUCCGCUCGGCUCGUGGGUGCUGCUGUCCUCGCCCCCCCACCCCAUCUCACCCACAUCCGGCUCCACGGUGACGCGCGGAUCUCGUCCCCAGGUCGCGGUGAGGGUGAAGGGCGAGGAGGGGCCCUCCGACAAGAUGCAGCCCCCGGGGGCCCUGCAGGACCCUGGUGAUCCCCGGCGGGAGCAGCCCAGCACCCGUGGUGCGGACAGGCCUCUGGACCAGCCACCUCCCGGCCCCAGAGACGAGCCCCUGCCCCCCCAGCAACCAGGUGCUGGGACCCUGCAGAGAGCUGAGCAGCAGCCUGCUGAGGAGGGGCCGGUGAUCCUGGAGCUGCAGAGGACGUGCGCAGGGAGCCUGGAGGAGAGGAGCUCCCUGACCCCUGAGCCAGGCCAAGUGCAGAAGGGGCAGGGCAGACCUCCAAAUCAGGAGGAGAGCUCGGAGCUCCGGGAGGUGUUUGAGGACGUGGCUGUGUAUUUCACGCGGAAGGAGUGGGAGCUGCUGGACAAUGAAGACAAGGUGCUUUACCGGGACCAGAUGCUGAAGAAUUACCAAGUCCUCGUUUCCCUGGGAUUUCGAGGUCCCACACCUGACUUAAUCUGCAGCAUCCAGCGAGGACAGGUGGAGCUGUGGGUCUGUGAUGAUGAGGACCGUGGGGAAAUCUCAAGAUGGGAGGACCUGCUGCCAGGAGGUGCCUGGCCACUGAGCAGAGCUGAGGAGCAGCCUCCUGGGGAAGGGUCUGCAGACCUGGAGCCAGUGCAGACUUCCCCAGGGAGUUUGGGUGAGAUGGACUUCCUGAGACCUGAGAAGGAGCCAUGGCACGAGAGUCAGGGGAGGCCCCAAACACAGAAGGAGACUCUAGCAAUGCACCAGGACUGGUGCAUCCAGCUAGGGAGGACGAUGCACCACUGCACUGAGUGCAGGAAGAACUUCAUCUGCUUGCAAGACCUGUCCCAGCACGAGUGUGUGCGGCACCACUGCACCAAGUGUGGGAGGACAUUCAGGCAGCUCUCCGACCUGGCAAGUCACUGGUGCAUGCACACAAGGGAGAAGCCACAUCAGUGCUCAGAGUGUGGGAAGAGCUUCACUCUCUCCUCCAGCCUGGCUCGGCACCAGCGUAUCCACACAGGGGAGAAGCCAUAUCAGUGCUCUGAGUGCGGGAAGAGCUUCACUCAGUCCUCCAGCCUGGUUCAGCACCAGCGUAUCCACACAGGGGAGAAGCCACAUCAGUGCUCUGAGUGCGGGAAGAGCUUCACUCAGUCCUCCAGCCUGACUCAACACCAGCGUACACACACUGGGGAGAAGCCACAUCAGUGCUCCGAGUGUGGGAAGAGCUUCACUCAGUCCUCCAGCCUUGCUCAGCACCAGCGUAUCCACACAGGGGAGAAGCUACAUCAGUGCUCAGAGUGUGGGAAGAGCUUCACUCACUCCUCUAGACUGACUCGGCACCAGCGUAUCCACACAGGGGAGAAGCCACAUCAAUGCUCAGAGUGUGGGAAGAGCUUUGCUAACUCUUCCAGCCUGGCUCAGCACCAGCGUAUCCACACGGGGGAGAAGCCACAUCAGUGCUCCGAGUGUGGGAAGAGCUUCACUCAGUCCUCCAGCCUUGCCCAGCACCAGCGUAUCCACACAGGGGAGAAGCCAUAUCAAUGCUCAGAGUGUGGGAAGAGCUUCACUCAGUACUCCAGCCUGGCUCAGCACCAGCUGAUCCACACAGGGGAGAAGCCACAUCAGUGCUUAGAGUGUGGCAAGAGCUUCACCCAGUUCUCCAACCUGGCUCAGCACCAGCUUAUCCACACAGGGGAGAAGCCAUAUAAGUGCUCAGAGUGUGGGAAGAGCUUCACCCAACUCUACAACCUGGCUCAGCACCAGCUCAUCCACACAGGGGAGAAGGCACAUCAGUGCUUAGAGUGUGGGAAAAGCUUCACUCAGUCCUCAGGCCUGGCUCAGCACCAGCGUAUCCACAGAGGGGAGAGACCACAUCACUGCUUGGUGUGUGCAAAGAGCUUCACUCAGUACUCUGACCUGAUCAAACACCACCUCAUCCACACAGGGGAGAAACCAUACUGGUGCUCAGAGUGUGGGAAAAGCUUCAACCUAUCCUCCAACCUGGCCCAGCACCAGCUGAUCCACACAGGGGAGAAGCCACAUCAGUGCUCAGAGUGUGGGAAGAGCUUCACUUACUCCUCCAACCUAGCUCAGCACCAGCUUACCCACACAGGAGCGAAGCCACAUCAGUGCUCAGAGUGUGGGAAGAGCUUCACUCACUCCUCCAGCAGGGCUCGGCACCAGGUUAUUCACACAAAGGAGAAGCUAUAUCAGUGCUCAGAGUGUGGGAAGAGCUUCACCCAGUCCUCCCACCUGUCCCAGCACCGGCUCAUCCACACAGAGAAGAAACCACAUCCAUGCUCAGAGUUCGGAAAGUGCUUCCUCCACUCCUCCGAACUGGCCCAGCACCAGUGCAUCCCUAUCCGGGAGUGUCCAUAAUUCUGCUAGCAAUACAGGAAGGGUUUGGGGGUGUAUACCUGCUCAGCACCCACCAGUGUGUGCAUCCAGGGAAGCAGUCUCAUGCCGGUGGACUGCAGCAUGCUGUAAUCUCCCAUUGGGAAUAUUGAGGCUUCUCUUCCUCCUCAUUGUGCCAAAGCCAUUUGGCUCCAUGCAAGUCCUGUCAGAGCUACUCCAAAAGGUUAAUAACCCAUCCUGCAGAAAAGGACCUGGGGGUGAUGGGGAACAAGAAGCUGAACAGGAGCCAGCGGUGUGCCCUUGUUGCAAAGAAGAUGAAGGGCAUCCGGGCUGCAUUGGUAGGAGCAUUGCCUGGAGAUCGAGGGCAGUGAUUCUUCCCCUCUAUUCAGGACUCCAGAUGUGGCCUCCACAGUGCUAUGUCCAUUUGUGAGCCCCACAAUACAAAAGGGGUGUGGACAAAUUGGGUAGUCCAUCAGAGGGCAACAAAAGUGGUUGUGGGGCUGGGGAACAUGACUUAUGAGGCUAGGCUGAGGGAACUGGGCCUGUUUAGUCUAGAGAAGGGAAGUCUGUGGGGGAUAUUAUAGCAGCCUUCAACUACCUGCAGGAGGGUUCAAGAUUGGAUGGAGUUGGACUGUUCUCAGUGGUGGCAGAUGCCAGAACAAGGAGCAAUGGUCGCAAGUUGCAGCAAGAGAAGUUUAGGUUAAAUAUUAGCAAGUAUUUUCUCCCUAGGAGAGUAGUAAAACUCUGGAAAAGGCUGUGCCAGGCCAGUAGGGGGUUCUCCUGCAUUGAGCCACCCACCUCACUGAGCCAGACCACCUUCCAGGCUCUGAGUGCCUCCCUUGGAGUGCCUCAUGUCCGGCCGACCCCUUUCCUGGAGCAUGCCCGCAAGCCUGGGGGUAAUGCCACCACCACCCAGAGUCUGGACUGUUCUUGGACCUGUGCCCUAUGGGAAACACAGGCCUAGUAGUCCUUGAGGGUACUUGACCCACUACAAGAACUUGGGGUGCUUCCUGCAGUCUGAAGCACAAAUAGUGGCCUGCCUUAGCCGAACCAAGGCAACCCCAAGGCAUAACAGUCCAAUGACUGGGGAAUUGGCUCCGAUGCCGGACCCAGAGAGUGGUAGUCAAUGGAAGUGAAUCAUCAUGGUGCUCUGUGACCAGUGGGGUCCCCCAAGGCUCCAUCCUUGGACCUGUUCUCUUUAACACAUUUAUCAAUAAUGUGGAUAACUGGUAUCAGAAGUGGACUGGGCAACUUUGCCAAAGACACUAAACUUUGGGGUAGAGCGUCCACACCUGAGGAUACACUGAUGAUUCAGGCUGACUUGGAUAGCCUUAAAGAGUGGGCAGAUACAAACCUGAUGACAUUCAGUACUGACAAAUGCAAGGUGCUCCAACUUAGGUGGUGGGGAAAAAAACCUGCAGCACACUUAUAGGCUUGGCAGUGCUAUGCUCACUAGCACCAUGACCAAAAGAGACUUGGGGGUCAUGAUUGACCACAAGAUGAAUGUGAGCCACCAAUGCUAUGUUGCAGCUGGUAAAGCAAACCAAUCUUUGGCUUGCAUCCAUAGAUGCUUUCUAAAUUAAUCCCAGGAUGUCAUCCUCCUGCUGUACUCGGCCUUGGUGAGGCCGCAGCUAGAGUACUGAGUCCAAUUCUGGGCUCCUUAAUUCAGGAAGGAUGUGGUGAAGCUUGAGAGAGUCCACAGAAAAGCCACGCACAUGAUCAGAGAACAGGCCUUUUGAAGAAAGGCUGAGAGCCAUGGGACUCUUCAGCCUGGAAAAGCUCAGACUCAGGUGCUAUCUGGGGGAACGCCUGUUCACCAGAGCGCCCCAAGGGAUGACAAGGUAAAACGGUCACAAACUCCUCCAAGACAGUUUUAGGGUGGACACGAAGAAGAACUUCUUUACUGUCUGAGCCCCCCAAGGCCUGGAAUAGACUCCUUCCAGAGGUGGUGCAAACACCUUCUCUGGACUCUUUUAAAAAACAUUUGGACGUCUAUAUCUUGUAAAAAAAUGUCCAGCAUACCUACUGCCUAGGAAAUGGCCUGCUUGGUGGCAUGGAAGUGGCCCGGAAGUGGAAAAGGAUCUUGGAGUCCUAGUGGACUCCAAGAUGAACAUGAGUUGUCAGUGUGACGAAGCCAUCAGAAAAGCCAAUGGCACUUUAUCAUACAUCAGCAGAUGCAUGACGAAUAGAUCCGAGGAGGUUAUACUUCCCCUCUAUCGGGUGCUGGUCAGACCGCAGUUGGAGUACUGUGUGCUAUUCUGGGUGCCGCACUUCAAGAGUGAUGUGGAUAACCUGGAGAGGGUCCAGAGAAGGGCCACUCGUAUGGUUAAGGGCUUGCAGGCCAAGCCCUACGAGGAGAGACUAAAUAACCUGGACUUUUUCAGCCUCCGCAAGAGAAGGUUGAGAGGCGACCUUGUGACUGCCUAUAAGUUCAUCACGGGGGCACAGAAGGGAAUUGGUGAGGCUUUACUCACCAAGGCGCCCCCGGGGGUUACAAGAAAUAAUGGCCACAAGCUAGCAGAGAGCAGAUUUAGACUGGACAUUAGGGAGAACUUCUUCACAGUUCGAGUGGCCAAGGUCUGGAACGGGCUCCCAAGGGAGGUGGUGCUCUCCCCUACCCUGGGGGUCUUCAAGAGGAGGUUAAAUAAGCAUCUAGCUGGGGUCAUCUAAACCCAGCACUCUUUUCUGCCUAUGCAGGGGGUUGGACUUGAUGAUCUAUCGAGGUCCCUUCCGACCCUAACAUCUAUGAAUCUUGCUGGGAUCCUUUGACCCUACUUGAUUUCCUGCCCCGGGGGCAGGAGGCUGGACUCGAUGGUCUCCCAAGGUCUCUUCCAGCCCUAAUGUCUAUGAAAUAAUCUAGACCCUCUCCCAGUAAUUCUCCUGCACUAGGUGCAAAGGUGAAGUUUAUUGGUUACGAGGAGUAGGUUUGGAAUAGGAUACAGGGUAGAGCGAUAUCAGAGAAAUACUUUAGAGCAAACAGUGGCAUGGUAGCUUUGAUCAUGCAUCUGAGUUACUGCAAGCUAUAUAUCUAGUUAGCUCUCAAAUAACUUACAAGUAUCAUCCAGAGGCAAGUGGAGAUUCCCUCUAGAGACAAACAGUUCAUUGAUCGUGAGUUUCAAAGGAGAGAGCGAGUUUCAGAUGGUCCAGCUUCUCUAAGAGUUCUCAUCAUGGCUGUUGCUCCUCCUCCUGGGCAGUCCUUAAUCUAUGUAGCCCCUGUGACCUCAUUUACCUGAUCCAAUGAAGGCCAGCAACUGUUGACUGCCAGCCAACCAAUUUGAAAUGCAUCACUGGUUGCUAAGCAGACUGGCAGAGUCUCUAGCCUCCUCCCAGUAAUGUUGGCAUUGCUUAGAACAAUAGGGAGCUUAAGCCCCCACCCAGGUGUGUGAGGCCAGUCACAUAGACAGAGGGAGCAGGUUUCCCGCUCCCUCAGGAAUGUAUCCAGCUCAGGUUACAACUCAGGGUUACCUGAAGCUGAUGGGGCCAGAGGAAUCUGCCCUCUGCAGUGACCAUGGGAACCAAACUGUCAGAUACCUGAGUUUAGGGAGAGACAGAGGUGGUAUUCUGCUACACAGGCUCCCCAGAGAGGUGGUGAAAGCUUCAUCCUUGGAGGUUUUCAAAACCCAGCUAGGCAAAGGUUUGGCUGGGAUGAUCUAUUUGGGGAUGAUCCUUCUUUAAGCAGGGGGUUGGACUAGAUGAGCUCCUGAGAUCCCUUCCAACCCUCAUUUUCCAUGAGUCUUUAGAGGAAUGCCUGUUCUAUACAUUUGGGAGUAUUGGUUCUAGCACUCUUGGUCUUUCCUGCCAUACAUUUGCAUUUUCACAGACCUGCAUUUUGCAUAUUGGCUUGUUCCUAUUCCACUCAGGAGAACCCACAAACACCAGCAUAAUCAUUCUGACUGAAGAAGUUUGUUCCCGAAAGCUUGUAAAGAACAAGCUACCCAGCUCAAAGACAACAAAAAUCCUUUUUUAAAUACAUAGUGGGUAAAAAGAAGGUUCCAGGUAAUGUGGGGCCUCUGCAAGACACGCUAGGAAAUCUGGUCGUCACACCAGAUGACAAAGCUAACCUAUUUAACAAGUUCUUUGCCUCCAUUUUCCUGAGCAGGUACCGGGUCACCCCCCACCGGGACCUCCGUAGGCCUCAGAGGAGGCACACCCAGACCAAGGGUCAGUGAGGACCUAGUCAGGGAACUUCUGGAGGGACUGGACGUAUUUAAAUCAGCUGGUCCUGACGACCUCCACCCCCAGAAUGCUGAGGGAAUUAGCAGAGGUCAUUGCAGGACCCCUGGCAUGGCUUUACGAGCACUCGUGGUGUAAAGGACUGGAAAGGGCCAAUGUGGUUCCCAUUUUCAAAAAGGAGGAAGGAGGACCCAGGGAACUAUAGGCCAGUUAGUCUUACCUCAAUCCUGGAUAAGCUUUUUGAGAGAAUUAUCAUAGCGCAUGUCCGCAAGGGGCCAGCAGGGGAGGUUAUGCUCAGGGGCAACCAACAUGGGUUCAUUAGAGGCAGGUCCUGUCAGACCAACCUGGUGGCCUUCUAUGACCAGGUCACAAAAUCCUUGGAUGCAGGGAUAGCAGUGGACAUAGUCUUUCUGGACUUUAAGAAGGCCUUCGGCACUGUCUCUCACCCCAUUCUCAUUAAAAAAUUAGGGGACUGUGGCGUUGACACCUACACAAUCAAAAGGGUCACUAACUGGCUGGAGGGCCACACCCGGAGAGUGGUGGUAGCAGGUCAUUUUCGACCUGGAGGGAUGUGGGCAGUGGGGUCCUCCAGGGCUCAGUCCUCAGGCCAGCACUGUUCAACAUCUUGAUCAGCGACUAGGACCGGGGGAGUGGGGGGGGGUGUAAAAAGCACCCUAUUCAAACUUACAGACGACACCAAGAUGUGGGGAGAAGUGGGCACGCUAGAAGGGAGGAAUAGGCUGCAAUCAGACCUAGACAGGUUACAGGGGUGGGCAGAUGAGAACAGGAUAGGUUUCAACGCUGACAAGUGCAAGGUGCUGCACCUGGGGAGGAAGAACCAGCAGCUGACCUACGGGCUAGGGAACUCCCUUCUCGUCAGCACAGAGGCAGAAAAGGAUCUUAGAGUCAUUGAUGCCAAAAUGAACAUGGGCCAACAGUGUGGGGACGCGGUCAGGAAGGCCAACCACACCUUGUCAUGCAUCCAUAGAUGAAUCAUGAGCAGGUCCAAGGAGGUGAUCCUCCCCCUCUAUGCAACACUGGUCAGGCCACAGGUGGAGUACUGCGUCCAGUUCUGGGCGCCGCACUUCAGGAGGGAUGUGGACAGCAUGGAGAGGGUCCAGAGGAGGGCCAUCGCAUGAUCAGGGGACAGCAGGGCAGAUCCUCUGAGGAGAGGCUAUAGGACCUGAACCUGUUCAGCCUCCACAAGAGAAAGCAGAGCGGGGAUCUAGUGGCCGUUUACAAACUGGUCAGAGGGGACCAACAGGCAUUGGGGGAGUCCCUGUCCCCCCGAGCACUACCAGGAAUGACAAGAAAUAAUGGUCACAAGCUGGCAGAGGGUAGAUUCAGACUAGACAUCAGGAGGCGCUACUUCACAGGGCGGCUAGGAUCUGGAACCAACUUCCAAGAGAAGUGGUGCUGGCUCCUACCUUGGGGGUCUUUAAGAGGAGGUUGGAUGAACACCUAGCCGUGAUCAUUUGACCCCAGUACUCUUUCCUGCCAUGGCAGGGGGUCGGACUUGAUGAUCUGCUCAGGUCCCUUCCGACCCGACCAACUAUUAAACUGAAACAAUUAUUCCAACGAUUUAGUUGACCUAAUAAAAUAUCUCGCGUUUACCCAGAGAACCUUGUCUAUGUUCCAUACAUCGUCAUCACUUGUUGGAUAUGCUGUACUAUAUCAUCAUUGAGCUCUCCUCUGUAUUUCGUUAUUAAACUUGCUAGGUGAAUGAAGUUA